CCUUUUGCAACCUAGUUUCUUCUUUUGCUUUCCCAAAGCGCGUUAUCGAUAGGGAAGAGAGAGACUAACCUGUUCCCGGCCGAUCCAGCCUUCCCCAUCUAGGGCGACACCUCCAUUCAUCUUUCCGAUGAGAGAAAGCCACAGCAGAGCGAAAAUUGGGGUGAAAAAUCGCUGAAAGUGAGAGAAAGAACCUGAAACACCUCUCAUUUCCUACCAUAUCCCUUACUGGGGAUUUCGCCGACGGCGCCGCGGCUUCUCCUCCUCUUCGAUACGCCCAAGCCGGACCUCGUCUAGACGCUCCAACAACGUCGGAGAUAGCCAAAUACUGUACCGAAGAGAAUCAUUUCAACCGAGGAACACAAAAAGGAGAAGGGAAGAAGGUGUUUUUCGCUUGUAGAACAGAUCUAGGCACCCAAAAUGGCUGCUGGAAAAGAGGAGGAAGUAGAGGUUCAAGAUGAGCUAGCAGAUUCAUUGAAUGAUCUCUUCACCAGUGUCUGCACCAUGGUCAAAGGCGAACUUCAGGGGACAAAUAAUCUGAUGGAACUCGUAGAGAAAAUGAAUCUGAAAGUGGCCGAAGAGUAUAAAGGUUUUGGGGAUGUGGCUUCUGGAUUGAGGGUUUUUGUGGAGCAGUUGAAGUCAAAAAGUGGUAGUUUUGAUCAGUAUGUUCAGCAAAUUGAUGCAAUAGAGCGGCAAGUAACUGAAUUUGAGGCUGUAAUUUCAAUGCUUGAUAAAUAUGUUUCCUUGUUAGAAUCAAAAGUUCAAUCUGUGUACCAACAUCCACCUUCAUGAAGGAAAGUGGAUAAGGUCAGAAAUUGAGAAUGAGAAUGGUUUGUGAAA